AUGGUGGCCAUGUCGCCUGCGCGACCACGAACGCCUCCGCCGCGGCUUGUACGCGGUACGGUGACGCCAAGCCGUGCCUCGCACUUUUUCUUACCGCGCGCUUCGCCGACGCCUGUGACACCACCUACGUUGAGGCAGACACAGGUGUCCAUUCACGAUUCGACGCCGUACUUGGAGACGCCUACGCACGAUACAUGGUCGAGUCCAUCGAGUGCCCUGCAUACGCCGAGCAGCACAACGUCGGAACACGCGUGGCCGACGUCGCCUACGUUGGGAUGCAAGCGGCGUCGUUGUGACGAGGUAGCUACACCCAAGCCGCCUAGGCCAACCCUUCGUCGCUCUGCCCUGGCGCUGAUGUCUCGUCGUGAUCGCAGGUCUGUGCCCUUUUCUACGAUACCCUACUUGUCGUCGUUCCAGACCUCCGACGACCGAUGCUUUUAUCUUCCCUCCGGCUGCGUCGAGCAUGGCAUGGCGACGCCGUUGAGUGCCGCCUAUAUGCAUGGCGCCAGUGCCUCGAGAGAUAUACCCCAAUACCUGGCUGUGGGUGACGAGGAAGGCCGUGUUCAUGUGCUCGAUACCCAGGCACCUUCUACGUCGCAGGACCAUGCCAUCCUCUCUACGUCGCCUGCCAUUGUCAAUGGCUCGGUGUUUGCUAUGGCGUGGCGCCCUGAUGAUCGGGUGAUUGCGCUAGGCGGAAGUGAUUAUACAGUCUCCCUGUGGGAUCUUCAGCACGAGAUUUGUGUACGUGCCUACGAUGCGCAUCAAGGCAGUCCUCGUGCGUUGGCAUGGGAUCCCUUUAGCGACGGGACGAUCGUCACAAGUGGGGGCCGCGAUGGUUCGAUCUACGUGUGGGACCUUCGCAUGGCUGAGGCGGCACUGCAUCUGCCUCGUGCACAUGGUCCACGCCGACGUUCCCGACGGCAGGCGGAGGCGCAUACCGCCGGCGUCACAGCCUUGGCGUACGUGCCGAAUGGUCAGCUGGUAAGUGCGUGUAGUGAUCAUGCCAUGGUCCACGCAUGGGAUCUUCGUGCGACCAACCGUGUCGUGAGCACGAGUGCGGAUGCGUCCUGUGAACGGCCAUGGAACAAGCGCUCGCAUGGUAUAUCCUCGCUGGCCGUCAGUGCCUCGCGACAUCGCGUGUAUGCGGCUUGUACCGAUGGCUGUAUCAAUAUAUUGGAUGCAGACGAUGUGCAUCGACCUCUUCCGACAUGGGAAGCUUCGGCUAUGUACAUGGACGUGCAGCGACAAAAUACGCUUUAUGCGCGGUUGGCGAUGCAUGACGACCGAUUCCUUGCACUGGGCUGCAAUUCCGGCGAUGUCGUCCUAUGGGAUGUAGCGCACCUGCCACGGAAUCCAGACACAGGGCUCGCGUAUACGGGUGUAUGCCUUCCACGGGCGCAUGACUACAAGUAUGUACGAACGAGAUCUAACAUCGCAGUGCGGAAAUCAAUGCUGUGA